UGCUCCCUGCGCUGCUGCCUUACCCCUCUUUUAUUUCUUCUGUCUCUUCGGGGAGACUUUGUGGCUCUCAUUAAACCAAGCCCCGUGAUCUCCAGAAGGGCUCCUGGUGACCUUGAUAGCUCUCAUUGAAUUCUUAGAGCCUUCUUCCUGCCGAAUUCUUUCUGCAUUCUGUGAGCGGCUUCCCCCGAUCUGGCUGUAUUAACAGAACCCAUAACGCUGCGUCCUGAGACUGAGACAGACACAGCGUGCUGUAACUCAUGGGGUGAAAUGCAGGAGAGCAUUUGCAUGAGGGGGUUAAUUUGCUAACGAACCCGAUGCACUCAGCUGCACAUGGGUUCUCUGCCUAAAUAUUUAUAUGGCAUAACUGUUCUCCGAGGGAAAGGCAUGCUGCUGCAAUGGCACGGGGCUUAGCAGAUAGAAUCUGAGCAGAAACUGAACAAAGGGCUGUUCUCAAGGAGGAGGCUGGCAUGGAGAGCACAGCCUGACAUUGGUGGGUUGGAAAGAGCGGAGUAACGCUUGCUGGUUCUAUCAUGUGCCUUCCCAAGCUUUUCGAGGCAUCCCCUCCGGGGCUGCUUGAACAAAAGACCCCAGUGGUUAUGGUGUUUGUGUAACCCCGGAGCUCCGCCGAGCUGCGGAUCCUGAGCUGCUCUGCAGUACAACAGCUCCUCUGUGCCGACAACUUCAGAGGACGUGAAUUUCCCUGCUUUAUUCCACACCAUCUGUUGUUCUUUGGGCCCGGCGCUGCUUGGAGAUGAGGGACAGCAGCAGAGGGAAGGGUGAUGGCUGUGUGACCGGAGUAGCAUGCUGCCAAGCCAAGGGGCUGGCAGGGAAGGAAUGGCUGAGGGUUGCUGUUAUAGAAUUAAUGAUGCGUUACUAACUUUAUCCCCUGGCAAAUGAAACAGCUCAGAUAUUAACGCAACAGUGGGAAGGAGGGUGUAGGACGGGGUCACGCUUUUCAGGGUAGAAACUUCCCCUUUCCUAUUUAAAGGAAGGGAGAAAGUUGUGCUGCUGGUGCGUGGUGUGAUAGCAGUGCAUGUCCUGGAAUAGACCUGGAAUAGAGCAGGAGGAGCAGGCUUGAGCUGUUGCAUUUCCACCCGUUCCUCUGUGCACACAUGCAGUACAGUCAUUUGGCCUUUCAGUGCAUCUGUGUCAGAUGGUGGCUUUUCUUAACAUUAAACAGCGAGGAUCUGUCACCGAGAAGCACCAAAGCCAAUUAGUGCUAGGAUGCUUCUCUGAGAAGGGGGAUCAGCUUGUGCUCAUCUCUUUCCCGAUCUGAUUUGAAUUCUUGAGGUAGAGCCAUAAUUUCAGCGAGGGAGUCGUGCAGGAAGGCUCAUCACAGGGCUGUCCUGUGUCCCGCUGCACAGAUUGCAUUGCCCAGCGUGACCCUUGCCCUUUGGGAAGUGGAUCUGCUUGGGCUGAGGCUGAGAUGUGGGCAAAGGGGUGAAUAGAGGGGGGGUAUAGCAGCCAGCACUGAGCCUUCUUCGACUUCCCCAGUGCUCCAGUGGCUGGAUGUGGCUCUGGGCUGCCUGGUCUGGUGAUUGGUGACCCUGCACAUAGCAGGGGGGUUGAAACGAGGUGCUCAUUGUGGUCCUUUUCAACCCAGGCCGUUCUAUGAUUGCAGCAAAAGGCAAACACAGCUUCUGCAGCAUGAGCAACCUGCAGGUCAGGACACUAAGCAGUGCCCUGUGCUGGUAGAGGUGAUGCCCUUGCUGGGUUUAGUUUCCAGCUCUGGAUGGAGAGGAGUGGAGCGACGGUCAGGCUCGUGGUGCAGCAUACAGCCUCAGCCCUGGGCUGUGCAGGAGCUGCCGGCUUUUCACCUCAUUAAAUUUCUUCCACGCUGCAGCCCAUCGCUGGCACCAUGUGUGACAGCUUCAAAGACACCUAGAGAUCUUACAGCACUGCAGGAGAAUGGAGAAAUUCCCUCCGGGAGGGAAGGGUAAGCAUGCAGCAUCCCUCCUCAGGCUACAGGCUGGAGGAGAGGAGAGAGAUAGUGGCAGCAGCUUCUCCCACUGCCACCCUUUCAUCUCUCAACCCCUGCAUUGCUGCCCUCGUUGACACCUCCACCCAAUGCAGGGAGAGCCCUGGCCUCGCUGCAAGGCAGCAGAACUGCUUUGCUGUUAUUCCCCCCACGGCCCUCGGAUGUCCGAUUGCCUUGCUGAGAGAUAGGUGAGGUGACAUUGUGCGCUAUCAGCAGAAAAAAAGGCUGCUGGCUUCAGUGGCACAAUCCAGAGCUCUGAUGUGGAGACAAAGAAACAGCCUCGGUGUCGGGAGCUGCCUGGCUUUAAGUGAUUUUGCAGUCCUAGGGGCUUGGACUUGCAGCACUGAGCUGUGGCUGGAACAAAGUGUUCUGCAGGUCUGCUUUUUUUUCCUCUCUCUGAGCACAAUGUGUCUAAACCCAGCCCCGAGGCCUCAAACAGGGCAGCUGCUCUGCCUUUAUUGUGCCUCCCGGAUUCCAUAAUUCAGUGCAGGAUGGGGUGAGGGUGGGCACGUUGUCCCCAAACUGCAGCACGUAGCACCAGAGGCAGCAGGAGGGAUCCCAGGAGCUCCCCUUGCACAGCUGGCUGCCUCUCGUGUGGUGCUGGGUAAGCAGUUAUUUGGAAGCACGUCUGACUCUGCAGGCUUUCUUCCCCUUAAAGAAAGGGCAGAGCAAAGGGCUGAGCUCAGCUCUCAACCUCUGGUCACGUCCAAAGUGCUUAAGAUCCUUUUUAGUGAGGAGGAUCUUGCACCUUCUCCUUCCUGCAUCAGAUGAGCCAGGUUCUCUCUUGGUUAUUACUCUCCUUGCUGUCCUGAUGGGGACUAUGGUAGAGGAUGGGGACUAUGGUAGAGGAUGGGGACUAUGGUAGAGGAUGAAUUCCCAAUUGGUUGUAGCUUGUAGGAGGAAGCCUGGGCUGGUGUGGAGACAGGCAUAUCAACCUUGUACGCUGUGUUCUCCUUUAUCUCUCCUUUGAUUUGUUCUUCCUGUUCUCCUACCCAAACGCUAUCCAGCUGGGCUCUGCUUUGUAACGGUGCCUUCCGUUCCCACACUGAGCUUUGCUUGUCGGCAUGGAUCCCACAUUGACUGGCGUGAUCCCUCUGCACAGAGGCAGACUGCUGUGACCCGGGGCUGGGCAGAGCUGUCGGGGUGACAGACCCUGUGUGGAGCAGGAGGGUGGCAUCCCAUGUUGGCUGUCUCAUGACCGGAAAGUCACUGAGCAUUGGGAGACAGCGAGGAGCCUGAGGGCAGGCUUGGAUGGCUCUUAUCACCAUGGCUUCUAUGGUGCAGAGAUCAUUUUUAACCGCUGGCACUCGUAAGGCUCUCUUGUCCCAGCUUAUCCAUGUGUGUUUGGACCUGAGACGAACUCACAGCCCUUUUCUGGCUCACCUUGGGUUAGGACAGAUCCUGACAGUUCAAUUAUUCCCCUAUGAUUGACGGAUGGGGGCUAAUGGGGGAUGAGAGCUGGAGGGACCACUUCUGAGUCAGCGUGCAUCUCACAGGAGAUGAGUGUGUUUUGCAGGCAAAGAGAAAGAUUAUACACUUGACCCCUGGCUGUCCUAAAUGUGUAAACUGGCUCCGGGGGAGGGGGGGUGGAUGAGCAGAAAUAGUGAUGCCUGAAAAAUUCCCACACUGCCUUUGGGAACCCCCAGGCUUUGCUGAGCUCAGCUGCCUCUGCGUGGCCGUGAGAAAUGGUGUGGUGGUGGGGAUGCGCAGUGAGAGGUGAGAGGUGCCUGUGCCUCUCCAUCAGUGACCGUGGCACUGAUUUCAUGGGUGCCACAGCCCCAAAGGUGUGAAUGAAGCAUCUCAUAGGGCGGUUCUGCGUGCAGCUCUUGGAGCAUCAGCAUUCCCAUGGGAAAGCUGCUUGCUUUCCCAGCACUGCUGUUUUCUUCUGCAGACGGUUCGGUUUUGCAGGAUGAGUGCUGCUGGUAUCAUAAAACGUUGGUUGAAAAUAUUUCUUGCUUUGCACAGAUUGGGAAAGAAGAAACAAACCAAACAAACCAAGCGAGUGAAUCACAGCCACCUCCUGUUACAAGAGCUUGACACACACAUAGCAGGCAUGGAUGAACUAAUGGAAGUUGUGGCUGCUUUAGUGCAGCGCUCGGAGCUGGGAAAGGGGCAGAGGCAGAGCUGUGACAGCUCUGUGUCAGUUCUCAGGCAGAUUCAGGGCUAGAAUUCAGGCAAAUUGGGCUGGGAGGACUUCUUGUUGGUGAUGUAGUCCUGCCCGGUGUCUUGAGGUAGGAUGAAUUCAAUCUAAACCUGCAUACGUGAUGCUUUUUAAAGCAGCUUGUAUCCAGAAAAAGACCUGGGAAGGAGGAAAAUAGCUCAUUGUGUGGCCAGCUCUCUCCAGUGGAGCUGCGUUCUAUGGCACGAAGCUAUUCCUGGUCGCCCUAGAAAUAGGACUUUGUCCUCCUGUUCAGUGCCUCAAAUUUUGCCUUUCCCUCCCAGCUCCACCCAGCAUAGUAGGCUGUGUCUGUGUCCGGUGUGUGAUGGGGCAGAAGUGCUGGUAUACUGCUGAGCAUCCCCUGCCGUUGCUGAGUUUCAGAGCAGCUGAAAUCUGCAGCAGGAGGCUUCACAGAGCCCUUAACGUAUUUAAUAUCUAGUGCUAUAGAUAGCAGGCUGGAGGUGGCUCUAGGCAGCCUGGGCUGGUGGUUGGCGACCCUACAUAUAACGGGGGGGGUUGAAACUAAAUGAUCAUUGCAGUUCUUUUUAACUCAGGCCACUGUAUGAUUCCAUGAUGUUACUUGGUCCCCAAUCUGAGCUCUGUCACCUUGCAGCUUCCUGUAGCUCUGACUCCACGUAGUCUGGGUUUAAUUCUUACUUACCUUAUUGACAUCGUGUGUACUGGGAGGGAGAGAGGAGCAGGUGCUUAGGGAGCUGGGGGAGUUUCCUGGGUCAAUGCGUGGAUACUUCCAAACACAAGUAACCUAUGGGCUGAGGAUGGAAGUGAGAGGAGUGGAUAUUGGGUGCUUUGAUGAUGGAGAUGAGCAGAAUGGUGCUGCUCUGUCAGUCUGCAUGGCUGAGACCCAGCUGACCUUCACUGCAGGGGUGGGAAUCUACAGCAGCAGGUGCGGGGGACACCAAGAGCAUGGCAGGGCUGGGUCACUUUGCUGUGUGCUCUUUCUCAUCUGCUUUGUGCAGGGAGCUGAGGCUUCGUCUUUGCUCCGGAGCCGUACAUGUGCCACCUCCUCGCCUAAGGCAGGAGCUUGGGGUGGCAGAACAAAGCUCUGCAACCCAAAGGGGAUGCUCCGUUGCUGCGGACUGCAGUGCUGUUACCAUCAGCAGGGAGAUGGCUGCCAAUUAAUGUAAGAGGUGAGAGGGUGUAUACAUUUCCCAGGAAUGAGAAGUACCCGGUGUUCUAUCAUGAAACAAACAGCUCAAGCAUCUACGUUGGGGGAGAGGGAAUGCUUUACUACUAUAACUUUGCAACCUCUGAGACCUACUCGGUAGAGUUCCCAGUGGAAAAUGGAGCACAGUGUUUGAAGCCUGGGAGCCCGGAGGACAAUAAAAACUUCAUCACCUUAAUAGCAAAGCAUGGAAAUAAGAUGUUAGUGUGUGGGACUGGCGCUUGCAAUCCCACCUGCUGGCACUUGGCAGAGAAGGAGAAGGAGUCUCCUCAGGAUGGCAGAGGUCUUGCUCCUUUCACACCUGAUACAAAUUCCCUCGUCAUCGUUGACUAUCCUAACAUCUACUCUACCAUCAAGAAAAGCCAGCAGAAUGGCAAGAUCCCCCGCUUCCGACGAGUGAAGGGGGAUGGAGAGCUCUACACAAGUGACACAGUGAUGCAGAACCCUCAGUUUGUCAAAGCCACCACAUUAAGGCAUGAAGAGCCUUAUCAGGACAAGAUUUACUACUUCUUCCGUGAAGACAAUCCAGAUAAGAGUCCUGAGGCACCCAGAAACAUCUCCCGAGUGGCCCAGCUGUGUAAGGAAGACAAAGGUGGAACCAGUUCACUUUCUGCUUCCAAGUGGACCACCUUCCUAAAGGCCAGCUUGAUUUGUGUCGACCCGGCCACCAAGGGCAACUUCAACUGGCUGCAGGAUGUCUUCUUUGUCCCUGCAAGUAACUGGAGGGACUCCAAAGUCUACGGACUCUUCACAAACACCUGGGGAAGCUCUGCUGUUUGUGUCUAUUCUUUUGGGGACAUUGACAACGUGUUUCGGACAUCCAAGCUCAAAGGUUAUAAUGGUCCCAACCCGGAGAUCAAGCCUGGGCAGUGUGUUCCCUCUGGACAGCACACCCCCAGUGAGACCUUCAAGAUAGCUGACAGCCACCCAGAAGUAGAGGAUCGGGUGGAGCCCCUGGCUCCCACCAGGAGCCCUUUAUUCCACAACAAGCAUCGCUACCAGAAGAUCGGGGUGCACGAGGUCUCUGCAAGUGAUGGACGCCAAUACACAGUGCUUUAUCUGGCAACAGACAAGGGAUCCAUCCACAAGGUAGUGGAGCUGCCAGGGGGAGUGCAUAACAUCAUGGAGCUCCAGGUGUUCUCGAAGAAGGACCCGAUCCAGUCCAUGAUCCUGGACCACGAGAGGGCGAUGCUGUACGUGGGCUCGACCAGCAAAGUGGUGGAGAUACCCAUGGAUAUGUGUGGGGUGUACCGCAACAACUGCGAGAGCUGCCUGCUGGCGAGGGACCCCUACUGUGGGUGGGCUGCUGGGAGCUGUCAGUCCAUUUAUCACAACCGGGAGGUGCGUCAGAACCUGAACCUGGAGCUGUGGCAAGGAAAGUGCCAGAAGGGUGAAGUGAAGGAAGCACACAGCUACCAGAACGUCACCGUCGUCCCCGUCGUCCCUUUCUCUCGCUACUACCUCAACUGUCCAGUAGAGUCCCACUAUGCCACCUACAACUGGUACCACAACGACACCCUCAUCAAGACCUGCAACAACACCCACCCGCAGCCGGACUGCUUCUACUUCAUCCAGAACGUGAGCCACACUCACUACGGCCACUACAUCUGCGUCUCGGAGGAGGAUGGCUUCAGGCAGGCCCUGGUGAAGGAGCACCUGGUGAACCAGCUCAGGUUCAUGUCUCAGAAGGGCCAGGCCACCAUGACGUUGGCAUCCUGGCUGCAGCUGCUGCUCAUGGUGGUGUUGGUGGAGCUCUUCCACUGAGCACGACACGGCCGCCUUCCCAGCUGCUGCCACUCUUCCUGCACUUAACGUGAGGCUGGACCCUUGCUCUCCGUCACUCCUUGAGCACUAACCUUUGACUGUCCCCAGCGGGGUCCCGGCUCUGUGGGCAGCAGCUCUUCCAUCUUCAGCCUCGGUGAAGGAGUCGGUGUGAGGAAGAGGCAGCUAUAGGGCCAGAUGGAGCAGUGCUUGGGGCCGGGGGUGUCCUGUCACAAGGGGGACAUGAUCUGUACCCACAGGACUUCGGCCUGCUCCCAGGCACGCGCUGGUAGCUCCAUACUAGUGGUCCUGAGCACGCACCAGGUGCAGACUUUGUUCAGGGGACUAUGCAGAUGUGCAUGCACUGAUCCUCAGGGCGCGACGGCUCCUCUCUUUGGGAACGUGCAUGUGAUGAAGAGGAGCAGCCAGCCCUUGGCCUUUCGAACUGGUUGGCCUGCGCUUCUCUCCAGGCUGUUAGUGGCUAACAACUGGCUGAGGUGGCGAGCAGCCGGGAUCUCCCAGUGUCACUUGUGGGUCCCGUUCUGCUCUGAAAGGCUUUUGUUGGUUGUUCAGAGAGGGCUGUGAUGUGGGUGGGUGGCCGGGAGGUAGCACUGACAACCUGCAGGGAAGGGCAGGCACAAAGUUAGCGUUUUGCAUGGAUAAGACUUGGGAGGAUGACUUAGCUAUAGAUUCGGGGUGUGGGGGAGGACAGACCAAAGGGCCCUAAGAUUUCCUAGAGACUGGAAGGAGAGGUGGAAGCCCCCAGGAGGCCCUGGGGAGACGUUAAACGCACAAAUCCGUGCAGGCAGCUAGGGGCAUCGCUCUGCGGGCAGCCCUGCUCCCAGUGCCCCUUUCCUCCUGGGGAGGGACUGGGCUUCCUCAGGGAAAGAGGAACCAGGCUGUGGGUCUCAGGGCUUGGCGGCCGCUUCCACCCCUGCGUGCUGCAUGAUGAGACAGGGGAGGUGCCAGCACCCCCCACCCUGGGCUCUGAGGCCUCCAAGCGAGUUUAAACUGUGAAAUACGGGAUAUUGUCCCUGUGCCUACGUGCAAAGGGCGAUCCCACACCUUGUCCGAGCCCUCCCCUGCCCUAUGGGCUGCUGGAGCCCCCCCCAGCCUGGUGGGCAGAGCGCUGGGCAGGCUGUGCCGCCGGCUGAGCCCCGGGGUCUUUGGGCAAAGCAGGGGGGGGGUGUAGGCAGAACAGAGCUUCCUACUGCACUACGUUCCCACACAACCCCCAGAGCCUAGCGUAGAGCUUCUUACAUCUCUUCUCAAAGCACUUUAACUUUGUCAACUAACAAAUAACCUAUUUAUUAUCGACGAGCAGUUGCUGUACUUGUCUAAUUUUCUAGCGUGGUAGAAAGCAGGCUCAGAGUAGAGAAAGGAGGGAAAUGAAACAGCUACCAAAAACAAAACACAACCCCUUUCCAAGCUGUGACCAAAGUGAGAACGUGAUGGUGGAAAUAAAGAGUGGACGAGAGAGUGUGGGCACCAUGCUUCUUACUGGGCAGUGGGGCUGCUGGGGUCCCCCCCCACGUCCCCACAGCGUCCCCAUCCCCAGCUCUGUUGAACCCUCCCCAUUUCCUAUUGAUCCUUGGCCCUCUGUUCCAGCCUUUCCCAUCCCCAUCCCUCGAAACGUCGCCGUCUCAGACCUCUGUGCCCCAGCUUUGACUACUUUGUAUGUCUUGAGCAGCCAUGCUUGUACGGGGAAAGCAUAGCAGGAUGUGGGCUCCGGGCUCCCCACAUGGGUUGUGCUGAUAAAAAUAAAGCUGCCGGGUGCCCGUGGGUGCUGCUGUAGUUGGAA